UUGAGCGGCCAUAUCUGCCGCCGCCGCAGCUGUGGAUGCAGCAUCUGCGCUUUGCUGCCUCUGCGCCGCUAAGGUUCGCGUGGCUAUCCCGUGGCCCUUGGCUAGGUUCUGCCUUACCACCAUCGGUGGGAACAGCACGUUCUGACCUGCCUACCUCCCUCCUUCUCCGCCGCACCCCGGCUGCUCAGACAUGGAUCUCGGCAGCAGCAGCGACUCAGCUCCCGACUGCUGGGAUCAGGUGGACAUGGAAGCCCCGGGUUCGGCUCCGAGUGGGGAUGGCAUCGCCUCUGCGGCCACGGCAGCGGCCGAGGCAGCAGAAGCGGAGGCCCAGCGCCAGCAUCUCAGCACGGCCUUCAGCAGUCAGCUCAACAUCAACGCCAAACCUUUCGUGCCUACUAGCGUAAGCGCCGCGGAGUUCGUGCGGUCCUUCCUGCCCGGAUCGGCCCAGCCGCCCGCUCCCACAGCCUCCCGCAGCGACGAAACCUGCCCCGGCGCCGGGGACCCUCAAGAGAAAAGGCUGGAUUGGGGAGCACCUGUGGAACCUUCCAAAGAUGGACCUUUAGUGUCGUGGGAAGGUUCCAGUUCAGCUGUUACCAUGGAACUUUCAGAACCUGUUGUAGAAAAUGGAGAGGUGGAGAUGGCCCUGGAUGAACCGUGGGAGCUUAAAGAAGUAAGUGAAGCAAAGCCUGGGGGUUCUUUGGGAGAUUCGGGGCCCCCGGAAGAAAGUGGCAAGGAAAUGAUGGAGGAGAAAGAGGAAAUAAGGAAAUCAAAAUCUAUGGUCAUACCGUCAGGUGCUCCUAAGAAAGAACACGUAAAUGUGGUGUUCAUUGGGCAUGUAGAUGCUGGCAAGUCAACCAUUGGAGGACAAAUAAUGUUUUUGACUGGAAUGGUUGACAGAAGGACACUUGAGAAAUAUGAGAGAGAAGCUAAGGAGAAGAAUAGAGAGACUUGGUAUUUGUCCUGGGCCUUAGAUACGAACCAAGAGGAAAGAGACAAGGGUAAAACCGUGGAAGUGGGCCGUGCGUAUUUUGAAACAGAAAAGAAACAUUUCACAAUUUUAGAUGCCCCUGGCCACAAGAGUUUUGUCCCAAAUAUGAUUGGUGGUGCUUCUCAAGCUGAUUUGGCUGUGCUGGUCAUCUCUGCCAGGAAAGGAGAAUUUGAAACUGGAUUUGAAAAAGGUGGACAGACGAGAGAGCAUGCGAUGUUGGCAAAAACAGCAGGGGUAAAAUACUUAGUAGUGCUUAUUAAUAAAAUGGAUGAUCCUACGGUAGAUUGGAGCAGUGAGCGCUAUGAAGAAUGUAAAGAAAAACUGGUCCCGUUUUUGAAAAAAGUUGGCUUCAGUCCAAAAAAGGACAUUCACUUUAUGCCCUGCUCAGGACUGACUGGAGCAAAUCUCAAAGAGCAGUCAGAUUUCUGCCCUUGGUACACUGGCUUACCAUUUAUUCCAUAUCUGGAUAGUUUGCCAAACUUCAACAGAUCAAUUGAUGGACCAAUUAGGUUGCCAAUUGUGGAUAAAUACAAGGAUAUGGGCACUGUUGUCCUGGGAAAGCUGGAAUCGGGAUCCAUUUUUAAAGGCCAGCAGCUUGUGAUGAUGCCCAACAAGCACAAUGUGGAAGUUCUAGGAAUAGUUUCUGAUGAUGCAGAGACUGAUUUUGUAGCCCCAGGUGAAAACCUCAAAAUCAGACUGAAAGGAAUCGAAGAAGAAGAGAUUCUUCCAGGCUUCAUACUUUGUGAACCCAGUAAUCUUUGCCACUCUGGACGCACAUUUGAUGUUCAGAUUGUGAUUAUUGAGCACAAAUCUAUCAUCUGCCCAGGUUAUAAUGCGGUGCUUCACAUCCAUACUUGUAUUGAGGAAGUUGAGAUAACAGCCUUAAUCUCCUUGGUAGACAAGAAAUCAGGAGAAAAAAGUAAGACACGGCCCCGCUUUGUGAAACAAGAUCAAGUGUGUAUUGCCCGAUUAAGGACAGCGGGAACUAUCUGUCUGGAGACAUUUAAAGAUUUUCCUCAGAUGGGUCGCUUUACUUUAAGAGAUGAGGGUAAGACAAUCGCAAUUGGCAAAGUUCUGAAAUUGGUCCCAGAGAAGGACUAAGCGAUUUCAUUGAUGCUUCUGCACCAUAAUGUUCGAAGAUUGACUGCAAUUUACUGCCCAUUGACAGACUUUUGUCCAUAUUUUGCAGAGGAAUUUCACAGCAAAAAUCCGUGUUUUGUCAGCUUUCUCAUGUGGAGACCUCAGUUAUGGCCCUCUUGAAUGCAUACUCAACUUUCUUCUCUCUCCUCCACUCUGCUUCCUUGGACAGAUCAGUAAUAGCUUUGUAAGUGAUGUGUAUGUAAUUGCCUACAAUACUAAAAAUAAUAUAUUUUAAAUUUUGAUUUCCCUUGGGGAUAUCUAGACAUCAUUUGUUCUGUGCAGAACAGUGUGUUAGUGUGUGUAUGUUAAUGAAGACAAGUAACUUGUAAAUAAAGUGUUCCAUUUGAAACUUCAGUAUUUGAAA